AAUAUACAUAAUACAUGUAUUGCGAAGAGGGAAAUUCCACAACCAUGAGUGGCACUUCUGGAAUGUUUAAACUCAAACCCUUCUACGAUUUUGACAACACACAGAUUGAACUCCCAGACUGCAUGUUCAAGAUGUCCAAUAUUCAAGGGAAUUCAUCGCAAACGAACAGCGGAGAGGUUGACCCAGCUGUAGCAGCACUAGAAUGUCGACAGGAAGCCAUUCUGGCAGACCUUCGCUCAAUGGAAACCGAUGUAGCCUCAUUAACUAGCAAGAUUCAGCCCACUGCACAGGUCAAGACUCCGGCUCCCGCAACUUCUGCUUCACAGUCAUCCUCAAACUUGGUGUCCGGAUCAGGUCUCCAUGAUGUUGUAAUAUAUGCAAACCCCAACAACCCUCCGUACUCGCUGCUGGUCCUGUAUGAGCAGCUGAAGCAGCAGUUCAGAUGCAUCACAAAGGUUCACAUGCACUCCUCCAUAUCCUCGGUCCCUGAUAAACUGCUCGGUUAUUUCAACCAAAAUGGCAGCCAGCCACUGCAGAGGAUGGAAGCUCAACUCUCGAUCACCCUCAUCUGGAAGAAUGUAUCACAAGGUCCAGAGAUGAAGAUCCUGGCCAACUGCCAGACGCCCAUCCAAGGGGAGGUUAACAUCCUGCGCUACCUGAGCCGUCUCCUGACCCCUGCCUAUGAUGCCUCUGACGACAUCAUCACCGUGGCAAACAUCGACAACUUCCUGGACCUGGCCAGCUCUACCUUGCUCAAAGGAAGCUCCAAGGAAAAGGCUGCAGGAGUUAGAAGUCUCAACUCUGCCUUGGGGAGGGGGACGUGGCUUGCCGGGAACAGCCCUACGGUGGCUGACAUUGCAGUGUGGAGCGCUCUUCACCAGACCAACUUGGCCAAAGGAGCGCCAUCUAAUGUUCAGAAGUGGCUGAAGUCUUGUGCCACUCAAAGUGAUUUCAGGACUGCUCUUAGUGCUGUAGCUUGAAUCUUGAUGAUUUCAAAUUGAGAGAAUUGAGUCACACCUGUACUUGGUUGCUUGCUAUUGUAGGUUAGGUAGAAAGAUUAUACUAACUGUAGAAAACAGAGAUUUAUUUUGAGAAUGUUUGUGUCAAUGCAAAUCUCUGCUAAUCUUUUAAUUUUUUUUGCAUUAUUAAUCUCAUGUUACAUUGGACAAUUAAUAGGCACAUUGUAAAAGGUCAGGGGUGGUAUUCUGAGGUCAUUUUAUCUUUAAAAUAUUUUGUU